AUGAGCAGCAACGCGCCCGGGGCCACCAACCCCAUGCUGUACGAUCCCAUCCCGGAGGGACAGGGUUCCACGUCGAAGCGCAACCAGUUUGUCGCUGCGCUCGGAAUUUGCAUGGCAGCCGUCAGCGGUGGUACGGCCCUGGCCUGGACGUCGCCCGUACUGGCCCAGCUCGUGCCGGCCAAUCAAAGCGACACGAGUGGGCUCGAGCGUGAAAGCUUUCUGCUAACGACCGACGAAGGAUCAUGGGUAGGAGCGUUUCUUGCCGUCGGUGCCUUCCUCGGUGCCCUGCCAGCCGGAUACUUGGCGGAAAAGAUCGGUCGCAAGUACACCACAAUGUCGCUAGCAUUACCAUAUCUCAUCAGCUGGGCAUUGAUCAUUUUUGCCAACGGCGCCGGCAUGUUGUACGCUGGCCGUUUGGUUAUUGGUAUUGCAACCGGUGCAUCCUGUGUCGUUGCACCCAUGUUCAUCUCGGAGGUAGCGGAAACGUCCAUUCGUGGCGCUUUGGGCGCUUUCUUCCAGCUACAUCUAACGGUUGGUAUCCUGUUCGUAUACGCCGUCGGUUCCUACACGCACUGGGUUACACUGAGCAUACUGUGCGCCAUAUUCCCGGUGCUGCUGAUUGUGGCAAUGUUUAUCGUACCGGAAAGUCCAGUAUAUUUGGUCAAGAAGGGUCGCCGAAUCGAUGCGGGUGUAGCACUGAAAUGGUUCUGGGGACCGAAUGCUGAUACACAGUCGGCCCUACAGACCAUCCAGUCCGAUCUCGACGCUGCUUCGGGUGAUGCGAAGGUGUCUGAUCUGUUCACCAACGGGACCAACCGUGCUGCCCUGUUCAUCUCCCUACUGCUGAUGUUCUUCCAACAGUUUUCCGGCAUUAAUGCGGUGAUCUUCUACACCGCACCAAUCUUCCAAUCCGCGGGCAGUACCAUGGAUCCGGCCGUCUGUUCCAUUGUGGUCGGUGUCGUGCAGGUCGUAAUGACGCUCGCUUCAUCCAUCCUGAUCGACAAGGCUGGCCGGCGGAUACUGUUGCUGCAGAGUAGCUUCAUCAUGGGCGCGUGCUUAAUCGUGCUCGGUGUGUACUUCAAGAUGCAGAACGACAAGGUGGACGUAUCGAACAUUGGCUGGUUGCCGCUUGCCUCGGUUGUGCUGUUCAUCAUUAGCUUCUCGCUCGGGUUCGGUCCCAUCCCGUGGAUGAUGAUGGGUGAGCUGUGUGCUCCGGACAUCAAGGGACUCGCCUCAGCGCUGGCAGUGAUGUUCAACUGGACGCUCGUGUUUCUGGUGACGAAGACUUUCGGUACGAUGCAGGAGCUGCUCGGGUCCGACUGGACCUUCUGGUUCUUUGGCGCGUGGAUGAUGAUCUGUACGGUGUACGUGUUCAUUAAGGUACCGGAAACGAAAGGCAAAACUAACGCACAGAUUCAGGCCAUCCUGGGUGGUAAAAAGUAA